UAACCGGGAUCCGAGCAGAGCACUCUUUCUGCCGAAGCCGGCCAGCAGCCUCCAACAUCUACACCCUUAUUUUCCCACCCCGCACACCUCACCACCGAGUCCGCGAGAUACUUAGAUGGCCGACACCACCAAGUUCAAAGUCAUCGUGGUUGGCGGGGGCCCCGUCGGGCUGACCGCCGCGCACGCCCUGUCCCGCGCCGGCAUCGACUUCGUCGUGCUCGAGCACCGCGAGUCCGUCGUGGUCGACGUCGGGGCGAGCCUGGUGCUGUGGCCGUCGGGGCUCCGGGUGCUGGCGCAGUUCGGCCUGCUCGAGCGCCUGCGCGAGAUCGGCGCCGACCUGCGCCGCACCGUCACCCUCACCCUCGACGCGCACAAGUACAAGGACAGCCAGGCCUCCCGGGUCGUGAACCAAAACCACGGCACGUAUCCGGUCAUCUUCCACCGCGCCGACGUCGUGCGGCUGCUGUACGAGAGCCUCGGCGACGCCGAUAGGGCCCGCGUGCUCGCGGGCAAGCAGGUGACGGACGUUGUUGUCGCGGGCGACGGCGUCGAGGCGCGUUGCGCCGACGGCAGCGUGCACCGCGGAUCCGUCGUGCUCGGCGCGGACGGCGUGCACAGCGCCACGCGCCGGGCCAUGCGCGCGCUGGCCGUCGCCGCCGGCGCGCCCACCGUCAACGACGAGCAGCCGUAUCUGACCGAGUACCGGACGAUGUGGUGCACGUUCCCGCGGCCGACGGACCUGGGCACCGGCGAGUCGAUCGAGGGCCACGGCCGCGACGUGUCGGUGCAGUGCCUCGCGAGCGGCGAGCGGUCGUGGCUCUUCGUGUACGAGCGGCUCGCGGCGCCGACGCGCGCGCGCGCGGCCUACUCGGCCGCCGACGUCGAGGCGCUGGCCGCACGCCACGCCGACCUCCCCGUCUCCGAGCACCUCCGCCUCCGCGACGUGUUCCCGACGCGGCACGCCGCCGGCAUGGCGAACCUCGAGGAGGGCAUCGUCCGCCACUGGAGCUGGGGCCGCGUCGUCCUCGCCGGCGACGCCUGCCACAAGUUCACGCCGAACCAGGGCCUCGGCUACAACAACGGCGUGCAGGACGUCGCCGCGCUGGUCAACGAGCUGCACGCCGUCCUGCGCGCCGGCGGUGGCGCUCCCCCGCCUCUCGACGCGCUCUCCGCCGCCUUCGCCCGGUACCAGGCCUCCCGGAUGGCGUCGCUGCAGGUGGACUACGAUAACUCGGCGAGCUUCACGCGGAUGUCCGCCUGGCGCAACUGGAUCCACCAUCUGCUCGACCGCUACAUCUUACCCUGGAUCCCUCGCUUCGACGAGUUCAUGCUCACUUACAUCAUGACUACCACCACCAGGAACUGCGUUGUUCUGAACUUCGUCGAGGGCGAGGAGCCCUUUCAAGGAAAGGUCCCCUGGGCAAAUGCGGUGAAACCACCAAGCAUCAAGUUGAACGGAUAGGCAGCUUCCCUGACGUGACCUAUUACUUCCUGCGGCAGACUCUUGAGGCCGGAUAGACUGUAUGAUUAUAAUCAGAGCGGUUGGUGCUCUAAGUGGUGUUGUUACAACUGCUUUAAUACGUUUCGUGAGAGACUCGCAUUCUCAACUACCUAAUAAAUACCUUGCCAUUAGUUACCUUGCUCCUAUGUAUAGAUAGAUGUGGGUAAUAUAUGAUAUUGACCUUAACUGGAUUACUGUGUAUGCUUCCACCCGUUUACGGCUUUUUCUUACUUGUAGCCAUCAGAAAGGUGGUGUGGAUUCUAUGGCCCGCAUGCAGCAUAGACAAAACCCGUCGUCGAAUUCUGUCAUGAGAAAAUGCAGACCGUGCUUCCUACUCAGGGAUGUAGGCUUAUGAAGGAGCUUCCCACAUAGCGAAUACCCAAAUUCGUCCGGAGAGCACUGCUCUACAACAGAAAUCAUCGAUUGUUAGAAUGUAGCACCUAGAGCUGGGUUCGGUAACAAAUUCGACAACCCCAGUAGCACUCGGGACGUAAUAUCUAGCCCGAAGCAUUCAUGAGUCGAUCCAUGAAGAUCAAUGCCGCCACACAUAGACUAGCCUUGCACGGGCGAUCAGGCUUCUAGUCAAAGAAUCCCCCCAAGCCUUUUCG